AGUAACGUGCAUUUCCGGUUUUGUUAGGAGCGGUGCAGUGUGUCUGGAUUCACUGUUUGAUCUGCAGCGGCUCGACUUUAUAUUCUCAAUAAAUCUGAGUAAACCGACUUCAAUCCGUAUUAUUUUUGUUGCUCUGCUUCGUUUAAUAUCAAGGCACUUUAUUCAAAACUGUAACUUAGGUCCAUCAUCACGUGACCCGGGCAGGAGGAGAUGUUCUCCAGCCCAUAAUGGGCGGAAGCGGAUCUAAAGGAAGAGGUUACUGGCCCUUCUCUGGUUCUGGUGGUGGAGAUGAACCUGUUAAAGACGCACAGGAGCAGAGCCUGGCGAGGGUCCGGAGCAUCCGAAACGCGACCCCAUUCGUGUUUACAAGGAGGAGCUCUUUGUUCUUCGACGAGGACGGCGAUCUCGCCCACGAGUUCUACGAGGAAACAGUAGUGACGAAAAACGGCAGAAAGAAAGCCAAACUAAAACGAAUCUACAAGAAUCUCAUACCUCAGGGAAUCAUUCAGUUGGAUCACCCGUGUAUCCACGUGGAUUUUCCAGUCGUCAUCUGCGAGGUUUGACACGAUCGGUCGUCGCUGAUCCUGCAAAGAAUCCGUCCUCUUUUAUUUCCCCUCCAGCUGCUGGAUCCUGGACACACUUGCUGUGCAGCGCCCCCAUGUGCCUGGGAGGACGCCACACGUGUAGCGUGGAAACUCGGCAGACAGAUCGGCUGUCUGCUCGGGAAGAGGCCAUGACAAUGAUGUCCUGACUCUUUGUUUUAUUGUAAUCCUGCGCAUAUAUGACUACCGCCAAGACACGUAUGAGUGUAUGCCUGUUUAUUUGAACUGACAUAUAUAUAUGAAGAUAGAAGUAGAGUAUUUAGCAAAGCUUGACUUUAUCAGGAGCACAUCGUGAAGGACCCAAGAGGAGCAGCAAAUGCCGGAAUUUGGAAAAAUUGAAUUUUUUAGAAUGAUCAGGUUGCGUUUAAAUACAUGACGCGCAUUGUUGAUACUUUACAGGUUGUUAGGAUGCAAUGUACCUCUAGGUUACACAUUUAGGGUUAGUAGUACGUAUAUACGGUACAACCUAAAAUUUUGCAUGUAGCUCCUACAAUCGACUUUUUUCAGCCAAUAGUAAAGAAUCAAAGGCUGUUUACUAUGCUGUGAUUUGUGUGCUGACUGGAUGAUAGAUUGCUGCUGCUCUGUGAUUGGAUGGUUGAGGUGCUGAUCAAGGAUGCCCCGCCCAUCACUGUUAUGGCAUUUUUUAUUUAUUACAGUUGAAAUAGGCAGAUGGCAUUAAAGAAAAUAUCACUUCGAAAUGCGCAUCAAAACGUUUGUCUGCUUUUAUUUUGACUUGUUGGUAUAAUUUUGGUGAUAGUGUAGUUUGUGUCAAUGUCUGUUUUGUAUUUGUUUGUUGAAAAUGUCAGGGACGUUAUGAGGAAAUUAAACGGGAUUAGUUUUGAAUUCAAGUGGAUAUUGAAAAUACAGAUUUUGACCUCACAUCUGCAUCGCAUUUACAAACCAAUAUUUCUUGUCUGUCUUCUGUGCUCAGUUCAAUUAUAUUUAAUGCGCACCUAAACAAAAUCAAAUACUUUAAAGCUGUCCUAUCAGUCCUUGACCGUCCCUCCUUGCUGGACUGUGUGUUUUUUGUCCUCUAUUGUUCUCUUCACCAGCCUGAAUCCUUCCCUCCUUCAUUUUCCAUCCAUGAACACGUGAUGUUAUCAGUCUUAUGUAGGAAGCUUGUUUGCCUGAAACUCUUAUCGAGCGGCCGACGUUUGUGCUUAUGACCCCUAACCCGAUGUGCAAACUCAUCCUGUGCUGACAUGAUUACUGUCCCAGUCAUGUGACUUAGGCGUGAUAUGAUUUUUUAGGAAAUAUCAAGAUAUCAAGGUUAUAUUUUCACACAAUGUUUUCUCGGAUUAUGUAAGCGUCACAAAUCCCAUAGUCGCUGUUGGAGAGACUGCAACAUUAUAAAUCAAGUUAGCGAAUUUUUUGAAUAAUUGUGCUGUCAGAUUUUUAAUCUCUACUGUGAGAAUUUGCAUUCCAUGUCUAUGAUCCCAUCUUCAAGAAACCGACACGUUCACGCCCAUCCUCGUCCGGAAAAGGAUGUUCAAUUGCGCUCAAUUUUCCAAGUGCUGUGAUUUCCCUAGAGAGGUCAAUAAUGCGCAGAGAUAGCAUUUAUCUAUAGACUCAUAGGCUUGGUUUCACAUACAAGGCUCAGCCAAAGCCAGAACUAUGCCUUUGUUAAAUUAAAAUGUUUAAGCAUCCUUACAAGACGUUACUGGUGUGUAUAUUGAGACAAAUCAAAGGCAUGUGCAAGUUAUUUUUAGUUCAGACAGCUCAAACGUGUGUUUUAGUCUAGGACUAGCCUUAAGCCAUGUCUGUGAAACCAAAGCCAGUUGUUUAAAAGUAAUCCAUUUGGAUUUCGGCUAUAGGAUUGGAUCAAAAUGAG